AUGGGUUUGGCUCAAAGCCUGAGAUCAUUGUGCAAGUGUUUCUGUCAGGAGCAGAGAAAUACUGCUCCUAUAUUCGCAGACGUCGAGCGCGGUUCCGGGAACCCGACGGAAGAACGUCGCCUCAGCGCGAAGCUACAGUCAUCAGGCUCAGAAGAGUGGAUGAGAAUACUCCAUCCCGAUGCUGGGAAAGCAUCUCGUCGAGUUGGGGGCACUGCCCUCAUCCUCCACUGCAUAGAUUUGCGCCAUAGCUUCCACGAACGCCGGCGGCCCACCGAAUCCACCAGUUCCACCGAAAUUCCAGCCGCCGGCGAUGGAGAAGUGGUGCCUUUGGAUUUGAGCUUGGUAGCCAAACUGGUGGAUAAGGCCAUCGCAUGGGGUCUGCCGGCGAGCUCGAGAUGGAAGGUGGAAGACGACGUGGAGCUUGCUGGAAGCAUUUGA